AUGUCUCUAGUAACUCAAUUCCUCUCCCAGAUUCAGCAGCAAGUCCGCAACCAGCAAGGCGAUCAACUCCGGUCAUGGCUCCAAGUAGAGCCGGAAUCACCAAAACAAUAUCACGAUCUAGCCAACGAGCUGCGCGCCAGAUUUAGCCGCCAGGAUGCCAUUGAUAAGGUCGUUGAGGAUGCCCUGCCGCAGCAGGACGACCUGCCCGAAGGCCAGGCAACGGCUUGGCCGGGAUUAUUGGCUUUUUUGAAGGAUUACUUGACCUAUUGGCGGGAUGUCAGUUUUGCAGACUUGUUAGGGGCUCAUCAGCUUCUCAGUGGGCUAGUCAACUCUUGUUCUACUGCAUUCGCACAUCCUACUUAUGGCUCAAUGCUUCUCCAAGUCAGCAUGUCUCUCUCAGAGACACUUGCUCGCCUUACCAUGAAUCUCAACCGACGGCCUGAUCUGACUCGCCGGCUCCGCGUUGUGGACGACGACAACCGCAAGUCUGUUGCCGAGUCUUCUGCUGAGAUCAUCCAAAAGAUAUUUACGACUUGCUUGACCGACCGGUCAGGUACCCGGACCAGCAAGCCAGAGGGAAAGCGAGUUGGCGUCUACAUGUUUGCCAACCUCGUGCUAAAACUUCUCUUCGCAUGCCGAAGAACUCAACUAGCGAAAAUGAUAUUUGUUAACAUCGAAACCAUAUCGCCUCCGCUCUCACUCUAUCCUGCGGCUCAGCGCGUCACUUUUCUCUACUAUCUCGGCCGUUUCAACUUCUCCAAUCAACACUAUCACCGCGCUGCGUUAUGUCUUCAGGAGGCAUACUUGCAGACUCCUCCUCAACUAGUCUCUCAUCGCUCCAACAUUCUCACUUACCUCAUUCCCUCGAACCUUCUUCUUGGGCGAUUCCCUUCGACUACACUUCUAUCACGGCCGGAGGCUCAAUCAUUGAAACCCAUUUUUCUUCCCAUGUGCAUGGCUAUUCGCUCCGGGAACUUUGUACAGUUCCAGUCCCACCUUGCUGCUCACGAGCCGUGGCUGUUUGAAAAGGGCCUUCUUUUGCCACUUUCCAACCGCCUUCGACCGCUUCUCUGGAGGAGUCUCAGUCGAAAGACAUUCCUCUUGACAUACGUCCCCCCGCAAGAUGCCACCUCCCGCAAAGCAGCAACACUCGACCUCUCCCAUCUCCUCACCGUGGCUACCUACGUUCAGCGCCGCCUUGAAGGCUGGCUGCCCGGCAAUCCAACCACACAUGGCCGGCCAUCGCAGGCCAACCCUCUCUUCAUGCAAGCCAUCAAGAACACUGUCCAGUCUUCUGCCGAAACGACUCUUGCCCCUCCCCCAGGCGGCCCCAGGAAGCUCCGCCCCAACGAGGGGCUCAUAUGGGGUAACGCCCUGGUCACGUACGAAGAUAUAGAGAUGACGGUUGCCACUCUUGUUCAGCAGGGUUUUAUGCAUGGAUUCGUUGCGCAUAGCCAGGGCCGGUUUGCCAUUAUCGGAGCAAAAGCAAAGGGCAGCCCUGUCCUAGCAGGCUGGCCGAACGUUUGGCUGACAAUUAAGGAAAGGAGGCACGAAGACGACUUUGAUUUGGACCAAGUUCCCGGCUGGGUGACAUUGUGA